AUGAUUUCAAGACCAAACUUUACAGUUCAUACAUCGACCUUGUUCGAUCCCAAAAAGAAAGCUUUUGUUGAGAAUGUAUCCGUAGUCGUCAACCCCAGGACCGGGGCAAUUGUCUCGGUAUGGGAGCGAUCAGGCCCUGAUGUCAACGAGUUUGGCCCGGAUGAUAUUGAUCUACGCGGCAAGGUCGUUAUGCCUGGCUUCGUCGACGCCCACACGCAUAUCUUUCUGCACGAUUACAACGAGCGCCCUGCUGCAGAGCAGCACAGAGACGAAAGCAUUGUUGAGCGUGUGGUGCGCGCCACGAACCAUGUGCGGACUGCUCUGUUGGCAGGGUACACGACAUACCGAGACCUGGGCUCCGAAGCUAUGCAGAGCUUCGAUGCGAAUCUACGUGACAGUAUCAACCGUGGAAUCAUUCCGGGACCCCGGCUCUUCGUCGCAACACACCCCCUUGGCAGCACCGGUGGCUUUGAGGUGAGGACGGAGAACUACCACGGGGGCACCAGAGCUCCGCCAGCAUCGGACCCGGCGGAUGGACCAGACGGUGUCAGACAGGCCCUGCGGAGGAGAGUUGCCGAGGGAUGUGAUGUCAUCAAGUUCUACGCCGACUAUCGUCGGAAGAUUAUGAGGUUCCCUCCAAGCCAACAGCAUCCGUACAAAUUAGGCAUAGAGUUCCCACCGGCCGAUCCAAAUCCGAAUGUCCCCCUUUUCAGUCAAGAAGAGAUGAACAUGAUAGUCGAGGAGGCCAAGCUGGCGGACCUCCCUGUAGCGGCUCACGCCGGUGGCUACAAGGCAGCGAUGAUGGCAGUCAAAGCUGGGGUUACGUCUAUCGAACACGGCUUCGAGGCCACUGAGGAAUUCAUACAAGCGAUGAAGCAGCACGGCUGUAUCUGGGUCCCUACUCUGGCCGCCGCAGAAAGGUUCAAUAAAGCCGGGGUCAAGAGUCUCCUAGCCCACACCAAGCGAGCGCACGACUUGGGUGUGAGACUCGCUGCAGGUGGCGAUACUGGAGUGUUCCCACACGGGCAAGGCGCCAGGGAGAUGGAGUUGAUGAUUGAGGCCGGGAUACCUCUGGAAGAUGUCCUUGAAGCUUGUAUGAUCGGAGGCUGGGAGAGCUGCGGCAAAGACCAGUGCGGUUACCGAUUCGGCUGGUUCGAGGAAGGCAACCGCGCGGAUAUCAUUGCCCUCGAGUCCGACCCGAGGAUGGACAAGUAUGCGCUCCGCAGGAUAAGUUUCGUCAUGAAAGAUGGAAGAGUCUGGAAGGAGAACGGUGUUGCUGUAAACAUGAUCGAAAACCAUCAUACAUGGGACCUGGGUAGAUAA